UGAGAAUUAAAAAAGAGUUGACUAAGGUAUUAGGCAGCACGAAUAAUCCGCUUGCGCUAUAAUUCCUGUAUUUGGACGACAAGACAAGCCAGCGACGAUGGCUAAACUGUUACUGGUCCUCUUUCUUACAGCAUUUAUAUGUGUGGCGACUCAAGCACUCUCGUUCAGACCAAGAAAUAUUGGCGAAACGGUAUCGGAAUACUACGAAGAAAAUGAAUCACCUCACCCAUUAGUUAAUGAAGUGCUAGGCGAUUUAGAUGAUUCCACCGAAAAGUACAAUCCCUUGAUUCUGCGACAUGUUGAAAAUAAUCUGCGAAGUAUGGCUGACAGAGUGAGCGAGAAACGUAUGUUAAUUUGUUCAACAAAACCAAGCCCUUACUGCGACAUAUUAGGCUAGUACUUAAAGGCGAGGGGACAUGCAGAAACGUAAUGUCAAACUUUCAAACUAUACGUCAAUUCGUACUCAAUAAUUUGUAAAUGCGAAGAUAGAAAUGUUUAAAUAUUUUAUGCAAUUAUACAAGAUAUUAUUUACUACAGUUAUGAAAAUACGCCUAAAUUGACUGAUAAUAAAUUAACAGCACUGUAUUUCUUCCAUGUUUGGU